AGUUAAGGGUAGUGAAACUUUCAACCAUCAGCCAUGAUGAUCGAGACGUUCAUCGGAAUGGCGCGGUAUCUGUCACCGCGCCAUGAUGAUGACUGGAGUGACAGACUGCAUUACUUGGUGACACCGAACAUUCUGCUAGCAUUCUCAGUGCUGAUUUCAUGGAAACAAUUCGGUGGCCGACCCAUUGAAUGCAUGUUUCCAAACAAAUUUCCCGGUAGUUGGGAACAGUAUGCUGAGAACUAUUGCUGGUCCCAAGAUACCUACUUCGUGGAGCCGAAGCAGCAUGUUGAACUCAUUAAGCCUGAUCAGAGAUACACCCCUGAGCGAGAACUAUCCUACUACCAAUGGGUACCUUUCUUCUUAUUACUUCAAGCGGCGCUAUUUCGCGCACCAAGCUAUAUAUGGAGGUCUUUUUCAAAUCAUUCUGGGAUCAGAAUGCAUGAAGUCGUGGAGAAAGCAAAAGACUCCGCAAAUUUAGAAGAAGAAGUUCGCCGCAAAAAUAUCACAGUACUGGCCAAGCAUCUUCAAUGUGCUCUACGGUUUCAUAGGCGGAUGGAGAAGAGGCGGAUUAUGGUACACAAGACGAUAACGUGCUUGAAUUAUCAGUACUCGUCAGGGUUUGUCUCUGCGGUUUAUCUUGUCACUAAAGCACUCUAUCUUAUCAACGUCGUAAUGCAGCUAUGGUUUAUGAAUACAUUUCUGGGCACCAACCGACAUCAAUGGUAUGGACUUGGAGUCAUUCAAGACAUCAUACAUGGUGUAGAAUGGGAGACAAGUGGCUACUUCCCACGUGCCGCAAUUUGUGAUUUUGAGGUCCGACAAGUAGCCAAUAUUCAAAAAUACUCAGUACAGUGCGUUCUUGUCAUUAACAUCUUUAACGAGAAGAUCUUCGUAAUUUUGUGGUUCUGGUACUUGAUACUGUUCAUUUCGGCUGCAUUUACAUUUGUUACUUGGUUCUUCCUACUUAUCUUCCCAUGCUUCUCUCGAUGGUUCGUUGAGCAGCAUCUUGAGCUAGGCAAUCUCGAUCUGUAUGAACCACCACAGUCUUCAUCUAAUGUAAGAAAAUUCGUAUAUGAGUAUCUACAUCGCGAUGGAGUGUUUGUCCUACGAAUGGUUUCUUCCCAUGCCGGUGUCAUUUUUGGAACAGAUCUCAUUGUAGAGCUGUACAGGACUUUUUAUGGUCUGGAGAAAAAGGUAACACCCGCACCAAACUACGACGAAUCAUUGCAAAGCGAGCUGAAGAAUGCGACUUCGGUGCGAAACAGAAAGAAACAAAACCUGAUGUCGCUACUUGAAGGAGUGGACGUCACGACGGCGCUCAUGCCGAAUGCUCCAGAUGAUGACGAUAAGAAGAGCGCCGCUUCAAGUUCAGUUGAGGAAAGAGUGUAAUUAUAUGUUCUAUUCUGCGUUAUAUAUAGUUUAUCGCCCACUCGUGGUGACAAUGAUUGCGGUCGUUACGCGAGCUUUUACAAAAAAAAUCGAUAAUUGAGUG